GCGGACGACCUUGAGUUGAUUAUUUUGUAAUGGCAGGUUCAGGAAAUAUAGAGAUAGAGUAUGCUGAAAAUACCGAAGAUUCACUUAAUUCAAGYACUUUCUGUAAAAAGAAAUGUGGAUUUAUAUUUCCCCCGUCGGGUUUUCUCGCAAGGACUCUAACUAGGACAUUAAUCGUUGUCACCAGUUGGCUAGCACUUUGGUGUAUUGUAGGAGAGGAUUUGCUACCAGGUGGAAAUUUAUUUGGUCUAUUUAUAGUUUUGGUUUGCUCAUCGCUUGGUGGUUUUUUAGCUUCACAUAUUCCUUGUUUAGUGCUGCCUUCAUUGUUUGGCAUGCUUGUGGUUGGCUUCCUACUCCGUAAUGUCCCUUACAUUGACGUUGCUAAGCAUAUCGACAAUCGUUGGUCCGCUACUUUAAGAAGUAUAUCUCUUGUUGUGAUUUUGAUCAGGUCGGGUCUAGAGCUUGAUCCUUUAGCUUUGAAAAGACUCAAGUUCACAUGCAUUCGACUGGCUUUUGGACCUUGUAUCUGCGAGGCUGUCACUGUUGCUGUUAUAGUAAGAUAUUUACUGGAUAUGCCAUGGUUAUGGGGAUUGCAACUAGGGUUUGUCCUUGGAGCUGUUUCACCAGCUGUUGUUGUACCUCAACUGUUAGUUCUUCAAGAGAAAGGUUAUGGUGUGCAGCAAGGUAUUCCUACUCUUGUCAUGGCAGCUUCCUCAUGUGAUGAUGUCUUGGCAAUCAGUUUGUUUGGGGUCUUCAUCGGCAUUGCAUUCUCUCAAGGUAAUUUGUACUUCAACAUUUUUCGUGGUCCUAUUGAACUUGUACUAGGUAUUGUGAUUGGCUCAGUAGUUGGUUUUCUAUGCUGGUACCUUCCUAACAAAGAAGAGGCUGAUAGAUCCAGGGUUCGUUUUGUUUUGCUAUCAUGUUUAGCACUUCUGUCAUUGUUUGGAUUCAAUGCAGUGGAACUAUCAGGAGCUGGUGCACUUGGUAUUCUAACCAUGGCAACUAUUGCUGGUUAUGGAUGGGGAGAUACUGAACAGGCAGUGGCAGGAGCUAUGGCCAUUGUAUGGGAGUUUUUCCAGCCAUUAUUAUUUGGUUUAAUAGGCACUGAGGUGUCCCUAGACUACUUGGACGGUAGAUUCAUAGGYAAGUGUGUUGGUGCUCUGGCCAUCUGUGUCUCAGUUCGUAUGUUAGUAACAUUCCUUUUGAUGGCUGGAAAUAACYUMACCAACAAAGAAAAGGCAUUUGUAGCUAUUGCAUGGCUACCAAAGGCUACUGUUCAGGCUGCUAUUGGAUCAUUAUCUCUUGACAUAGCAAGACAGAGAGGUUAUACAGGAAAGAUACAAGAAAUCUAUGGAAUACAGAUUGUUACUAUGGCAGUGCUGUCUAUUUUAUUAACUGCACCUGUAGGAGCUGCUGCUAUUGCCAUUACAGGACCACAUCUCAUGAGGAGAGUUGAACCUGAACAACAGCAAGAAAUGGAAGUUAGGGAUCAAUUUUUACCAAAUCAGCUGCACAAUGAAGAUACCUUGUCAAAAAGAGUAAAAUCCAUCAUGGAUACCCAAAAURCUACUAGUAAAGUGACAGUCGAUGGCGAAGCAGUUGAGAUUCACGUCUCAGCACCGCCUACAAGUCGUUUCAAAACCACCAUGCAAUCACUUGGUUGCACAUGUCCACCUUCAAGCUAUAUAACGAAGUUAAUAACAUGGAUAAUUCUUAUAACGCUUUUGUGGUCAGUUCUUUGGGCUGUGAUUGGUCAAGAUGCCCUCCCUGGUGGAAAUGUUUUUGGUAUUUUGACAGUGUUUGUAUUUGCAUCAAUUCUUGGAGUUGUUGUUGAGUAUAUUCCAAAAUUUUCAUUACCACCACUUMUUGGUAUGCUCAUAGCUGGUUUCUUACUGCGCAAUGUUCCUGGCAUUGACUUUGCAUCCCACAUUAAUAAGAAAUGGUCAUCAACUAUAAGGAGUAUUGCCCUAGUGGUUAUACUAAUUAGAUCAGGACUUGGAUUGAAUACUGAUGCGCUUAAAAGACUUAAAUACACAGUAUUUCGACUAGCUUUUUUACCAUGUAUCAUUGAAGCAUUAGUUACUGGAGUAAUGGCACAUUUUUUGCUGAACAUGAGAUGGCAGUGGGCAUUUCAACUGGGGUUUGUUGUUGCAGCAGUUUCAUUAGCAGUGGUAAUCCCAUCACUUCUUGAACUACAAGCAAAUUAUUAUGGAACAGAGAAAGGAAUCCCAACACUUGUUAUGGCCUCAGCUUCUUUUGAUAAUGUCUUGUGCAUCAGUGGGUUUGGUGUGUGCCUUGGUCUAAGUUUUCAUUCAGGUAACCUGGUGUUCAAUAUAUUCCGUGGGCCAAUAGAGCUAGUAAUGGGCAUUGGUUUUGGAUUAUUUUGUGGUAUCAUGUGUUGGUGGUUUCCAGAUAAACAAGAGGAGAAUGUUUCAGCAACAAGAUUUUCGAUUCUAUUUGGUUGUGCAMUGCUAUCAGUAUUUGGUAGCAAUGYUGCUAAAUUUUCUGGUGCUGGAGCUCUUGGUGUUCUCACCAUGUCAACUGCUGCAGCUGUUGGCUGGGGUAAACAAGAAAAGAUUCCAAUUGCUAAUCUGACUGCAAUUAUCUGGAUGUUGUUUGAACCACUGCUUUUUGGAUUGGUUGGUGCUGAAGUCAGCAUACAGUACAUGGAGAAAAAUCUUAUAGGCAUUGGUUUUGGUAUACUGGCAGUAUCGUUGUUUUUCAGACUUAUUGUAACUUACAUAGUUCUUGCUGGAAAUAAUUUGACUUUAAAAGAGAAAAUAUUCAUUGCAAUUUCUUGGCUUCCUAAAGCAACUGUGCAGGCUGCCAUAGGAUCUGUUUCUUUAGACACAGCUCGGCAUGCAGGACUUGAAGGAAGUUAUCAAGAGACUUAUGGAAUACAGAUUCUUACAAUUGCUGUGCUGUCUAUUCUUGUCACUUCUCCAGUUGGUGCAAUAGGAAUUACUCUUGCUGGACCCAAGAUGCUUUUGCAGAGCUUACCACCAUCAGAGGAGCAAGACAAAAUAGCAAAUGAGGAUGGUGUUAAUGAUCAAUCAGCUAAUCUUGUACAGACAGAAUCAGCUCUAUGACAUUGUCAAUCUACAUUUCUACCAUUAAUACUGAUAAAACUUGAUUGAGAAAUGAUAAUUAUAAGACAAAAAAUUAUUUUAUGUGACUUAUAUGAUAAAGAAAGUUAAUCCAAGCUAAGAAUAUGCAAAUCAAGACGAUUCUGUUGUAUAUGCAAAUUCUUUCACGKUCAUGAUUACUGAUUCUCAUAAAUUAUUGAUCAGUAUGAUAAAGUUAAGUAAUKCCSUCAAACCGUGAAAAUUGCAUUAAAAAACUGAAUUUGAAGUGA